AUAAAUUCCUUCGUCUUCGUAUCUCUCUCUCAAAACAAACACACAAAAAUAUCAAAUCUCACAAUAAUCAAAAAUAAUUAAUAUGUCAAUCAGGUUCAAAUUCAGAAGCUCCGUGAACUUCGAUUCAAUAGAAAUCGACGAUAAUAAAUCCUACAUAUCAGUUGCUCAACUCAGAUCUAAAAUUCUCUCUCAUAAUAAGCUUAAUAAUAAGGAUUUUGAUCUCCUUUUUCUUGAUCAUCUCACCGGCCAAGAGUAUAAUGAUGAUGAAUAUAAGAUACCUAGCGGUUCGAGUGUGAUCAUUAAGAGAGUUCCGGCACAGGCGGCACCUACGUUAAGACCUCAUAAGCUCGAAGCAUGUGAGCUUAUUGAUGGCAUCCAGAAAGAUCACAGUCAACCAGAGGAAUUAGUUAUAGGGAAGCAGCUUGAACCUGAAGACCUUGAUAUUAUUAAAUUGGAAAACGUGCCCAACUCCAAGAGCAUUGAUUUGGAAAAGGUUGACUUGCCAUCUGAACUAAGAUGUCCUAUAUGUCACACAUAUUUCAAGGAUGCUGUGAUGAUACCAUGCUGUCAGCAUAGCUUCUGUAAAAAAUGCAUUAGUGAAGUGCUUACAUUGUCAGGGAAGUGCCCUAAAUGCUCUGCUACAAAGAACAGGGUAGAACACUUGCUGCCAAAUUUAUCACUUAGGCAUGCCAUCGAGCAUUUUCUUGAAUCUCAGAUUCUUGCCACUGCUCCAGAAAAUGAUCUGCAGAAAUAUGUCCCAGAUGGGGAAUCUUGUGUUCAGGGAAAGGAGGUUUCCUUGUUAUCUAAAAGAAAGUUGGAUUUGCUUAAUUCGACAUCUGCAACAAAUAAAGGGUCAAAUCAGCAUAUGGUUGAGUCUGUUCAUGAAUCGCUGAACAGGAAAAAUGAUUUCUUGGAGGGUAGAGAUAAACAUGAAGAGUUGGUACAAUUUGGCGACUCUCAAGGUGAAAACCAGCCUGCUAUGCCCCAAAUUUGCAUGCCCGACGAAGGCGAAUCCACCAGCAGGAAAAGGGCACCAUGGGUUAAUCCUGGAGGUGGAGAUAGAAGUUAUGCAGUUGACAAUAGAAAUAAAAAGGCGGUCCGUACCUGUUACAAUUGUGGCUCUCCAGGCCAUUUUAUAAGAGACUGCCCUGUCGCUUCAACUGACCAUAUGUACCAGACAGGAGAUCAUAUGUUUCAAGGAGGUAUGUCAGGUUAUGGAAUGCCCUACUGGAAUGCCGCUGCCUUCUCCCCUGUCAACCCAUACAUGAGUAUGUACGGAAACCCAGGGAUGUUCCCUUUUAGUGCUUCUAUGGUCCCUGUUACACCUUAUGGAGUUCCACCUUAUCUUCCAUCUACGUAUGGCAGCAUACCUUUUCCUAGUGGAAUUACAAGAAUGGGAGGUGUGGCUCCUGUUGGAACCAGAUUUGAACAACCAUCAAGACAUAUAGAGAAUUCAGACCUUCAGAACAGUGAUAACCGAGGAAAAUAUUCCUAUGAAAAGAGACAACGGUCUUCCGACUAUGAAGAUGAUGGUAUUCAGAAGCGCCAUCACUACCAUGAGUCAGAACGAUCAUCGGAAUAUAAGUCCCAUAGAGACAGGGGGAAGGGUCUGAGCAAUUCUGUGGAAAGCCAUGGACGGAAGUUGCAUAAGGAUCAUUACUAUGACAAGCAUCCGGAUGAAAAGGUCAAAUCUGGUCAUGGAAGUUAUGAAAAGCAUUCACAUUCAACAAAUGAUAGGAGAGAUCAUGGGUCAUAUCACACAGAUAGAUCAGUUUCAGGAGUAGAGGAUCAUAGUGGUAAUCAUAAGUAUGAUGAGGUAAGGUAUAAAACGCAUCAUAAUAACAGGGAGCAUUCAGACAGUGAUUGUAGUUGUAGCCGUCAUCAAAUAAAAAGAGAAAAAGAUGUCAAAAGGAGAAAGAGGGAAGAUGGUUUCCCAGAAAUUAAGGUCCGAAAGAAGCCGGUUGCUGAUGAGUAUCAUGGAGACAGAUGGAAGCUGGACAAUGAUUCAGAUGAUGAUUAUCACCAUAAGAAGAGGAAAAGAGUUAGCUAGGACCACAGAUUGGAACGCUUCCAUGGUAAAUAUGUAUUUGAAGCUUCACAAUGCUGACUUAGUCAAUCUACCUGGUACACUUCUAUUUCAAGUGGGUUUUUUCAUUUGUAUCAACAUGGUUUUGGUAAGUAAUUUAUACAUAUAAACAAUUGGUUUGGUCAACCAAUAAAAGUAGCUGGACAGCAGACACAGUUAGGGUUGUUGGUAUCUGAUUUUUAAUUUUGUUUUGCUUUCUGGUACAGAUCUAAUAGUGUGAUCAGCUGUUGGACAUUAAAGCUUUUUUAACUUUUGUUAACUAAUGCUUUUGAUGUCUUCA